UUGGACUAAAUUUCCAACAAAACAUCACAUGCAAUGCAUUGUAGUCAUGAUUUCACACCUCCAGGUCGACAUCAGCCUUCUGGGAUGGAGGGCACAGGCAGCGGCUGGGCAGCUGAGCUCACCCCCCCAUGCAUGAUGCUGCAUGAUGUGAAUGGGAGUGACAGCGGUCAGGUCUUUGAGGUGGCGCUGCACAACAGCUCCUCCAAGCGCAGCCCCCAGUUUGUGGGCGUGGAGCUGCUGCAGUCCUUCAAGCCGCUCAUCAUCCCCUGCUACACCCUGGUGGCCCUGGUGGGCGUGUUCGGCAACUACCUGCUCCUCUACGUCAUCUGCUGCACCCGCAAGAUGCACAACGUCACCAACUUUUUCAUCGGGAACCUGGCCUUCUCCGACAUGCUGAUGUGUGCCACGUGCGUCCCCUUCACGCUGGCGUACGCCUUCAACCCCCACGGCUGGGUGUUCGGGCGCUUCAUGUGCUACCUGGUCUACCUCAUCCAGCCUGUGACGGUGUACGUGUCAGUCUUCACUCUCACUGCCAUCGGUGUGGACAGAUACUACGCCACAGUGCACCCUCUGAAAAAGCGCAUCUCGGUCUUGGCGUGCACCUACCUCCUGUCCGGGAUCUGGCUGCUGUCCUGCAGCCUGGUGGCCCCAGCUGUGGCUCACACCUACCACGUGGAGUUUAAGAACGAGGGCUUCACCAUCUGCGAGGAGUUCUGGAUGGGCCAGGAGCGGGAGCGGCUGGCCUACGCGUACAGCACCCUCUUCAUCACCUACGUCCUGCCCCUCUCCGCGCUCUGCAUCUCCUACCUGUGCAUCUCUGUCAAGCUGCGGAACUGUGUCGUGCCCGGCCACCACACCCAGAGCCAGGCGGAGGCGCAGCGCAUGCGCAAACGCAAGACCUUCCGCCUGGUGAGCCUGGUGGUGGCGGCCUUCGGAGUUUGCUGGUUGCCCAUCAGCGUCUUCAACGUUCUGCGCGACAUUGACAUCGACCUGAUCGACAAGAGGUACUUCCUGCUCAUCCAGCUGCUCUGUCACCUGUGUGCCAUGAGCUCGUCCUGCUGCAACCCGUUCCUCUACGCCUGGCUGCACGACCGCUUCCGCUCCGAGCUCCGCAAGAUGUUCACGUGUCGCCGUCGCAUCGGCAUCUCGGCCAAUAACUGUGCCACAGCCAGCGUGGUUCUGUAAAGCUCCUGUGUGUUAGGCAGCUGUUGUUUUCAAGUCUUUGCUUCUUUGGACAGACUUCAUUCAUCUCGUUCUGGAAACAUGCAAAUAACAGAAUUAGAUGAGUCAGAUUCUCAACCUUCACCCCAAACUAUCCACACUAAAUUUGUCUCUGUAGUUCGCACAAAACGCUGUUUACAAAGAUGGACAACAUGACAGCUGCCCAAAGGGGAAACCAACAUCUUGAUCGCCAUCUUGUGGUUGGCUGCAGUAUAGGUUAUAAACUCUACCUCCUCCAUGUUAGAGGAUGGGACAUGGGACCAAACUAAAAAAUACAUGUCAAAUAAAGGUUUCUCAAAGGUGGUUUCUGUCAUUUUAGGUAGAUUGAAGCACACUUAUGUUUGUUCCAGUGUAAAUAUUUCCAGUACGCUCGGAAUUCAUUAGUUAUUUGAUGUUAUAGAAAUGGGGUGAAACAUCAUGAUUGACGGCUGAGACUGACUCGUGAUUGGUCAAGCGUGUGUAUCGGUGUGGCUCCAUCCACACUCACCGACACAGUCUGGCGUAAGAUGCAUUCGUAUCCGGGAUAUAUGGCUUCAUAUCUGGAUAGUGGGAGGAAGUAGAGACAAGUCGUCCAUCUUUAUAUAGCCAACAGUCGAUGUGCAGUCUCCUUACUUGUUGACCUCUGACUGUUCAGAUGGAGAAUUCAUGUGUUACUAAUAACGGCUAAUGCAGAUCUCUAAUUACAGAGAUAUAGAGUAGGUCACCGCUGUUUGUAAUGCUCGCUGCAUUCUUCAGACAUAUUGAAUCAAGUGACAUCAUUCAAGGCAACUGAUUAUAUUCUUUGCAGCUCCCUCUGGAGCCACAAAAGGCUUUAGACAAACAUUUUUCACAUAAGCAGUUGUUCUCCUGAAGACAUGUAAACAGAUAAUAGUAUAAUACAGAUUAUAUAAAAUCAGUUGAGUUCCACUUUAAACCUCAACACAGUCAACUGCCAUGUGUCCUUAAAAAGAAAUGCAAUCGCGUAGAGUAGCAUGCUUUUUUAAAAUUAAGAUUUAACUCCUCUAUUUUCUAAAAUAGUGUCUUUUACAUGAGGCUUGUUUAUUGUAGAAAUCUUGUUUUAUGAUUUAUUUUGUGUGUGGACCAUGAAAGACAAUCCUCUUUUCACAGAUUAAAAAUAUUGACUUA